AUGUUUACCCCAGCGUGGCUCUGCCGAAGGGAGAGCUCCGGAACUCAUCCAAGGAUUCCACCAAUCUUUGAAAACCUCUCGGGCUUCGAGAACUGGUGCCGCCCCUGCCACUUCAUCCGCUUUGGCUGCGGGCAGCCAUUUGCCCCGACCAUCCCCCUGACGCCUCCGAGGGACUGCACGAACCAGCCUGCGCAUCCUGCGCCUGCGCCAUCUUCUUUGCAAACUUCCAGGUGUGCGGUUUGUGGUUUCGGCGGGGCGACGCGGAUGAGCGACCGGAACGUUGGGUUCCACAAUCUGGCACUGGUGCUCGCUGCAGACCAAGUCUGGAGUGUCGAUCCACCGGACGAGAUCCGGCUCCAGGGCUUGCUGUCCGUCGCACAGAACCUGGUUUCCACCCCUUGGCUUGCAUACCUCCUUCGCGAGACGUGCUACGACAUAUCUGAGCUCGUGAUUGUGGGCUGGAGCUUUGGCAAUCACUUCGCAUGCCAUGCUUCUCGCCAGUUGGAGGCUGCUGGAAUACGCCUGCGUGGUAUAUGCACGUUGGAUGAUCGGGCUUCGAAGCCUGCGCACGAUGAGUUUGACUGGGAGUUCGUUGCCCAGACUCGGCCUCGCGUGCGGCUUCUGGCGGUCGCGAUGGAGUUUAUCAGUCCGAUGAAGUUUGUGAGAAAAGAGUUCGGCCUCGAUCCUGUUCGAUUCUUUGGGGCCAACUACGUCUCUUGGUGGAUGCAGGGCUUCCUGGGUGCCUGUGAUUCCGAUUUGGAUUUCUGUGGGACACCGAACACGGUCUUCUUUAGGAUCAAGUUCGAGGUCUCCUGGCUCAAGGGAUCACGAGCGCCUGCCCAGGCUUGUAGGCACUCACCGACUCACCGACGUUGA